AAAGAUGGCGUGCCAUUUUGUUUUUUAGGGUUUGUUUGGGUAGGAUUAAUCGUGUUUUUAGUGUCUUUGACCACCGCCGAAGAUGGAUGUGGUGGGUGAAAUGAUUGCUGAGUACAACCUGGAGAAGCUGUGCAGACUCUGCCUCAAGGAGGACGACGACGUGCGCUCAAUAUUCGCUGAUGAAAAUGGCCAAACAUUCAAUGAGAUCAUUAUGACCUGUGCCCAGAUUCAGGUGCAAGAGAACGACGGGAUGCCCAAUCAAGUGUGUGGGAUGUGCAAAGUGCAGGUGCAAAGUGCAUUUGCCUUCCGGAAGCGAACCGAAGAGAAUGACAUCUCGCUGCGUGCGUACAUGGUGGCGAAGUAUCCGGACAAGUUCAAGGAGAGCUUGCUGGACAUAAAGUCAGAUCAGGACUUCCAGAAUGUUGAGUUUUCGCUAUCAAUGGAGCCAGAUGUGUCGUUUGAAGUUGACGUGGACGCCGGAGUGACGGAGAGCGACGUGGUUGAGUAUUUGCAGAGCCAAGCGGAAGAGGAGGACGAGGAGAUGAACGCCGAGGAGGUGAAGCAGAGCAAAGUGAGUGACGAAGACAAGGCCGGCCUAGAAUGUCAUCUGUGCGGUGCAGAGGCGUCAGAUGCGAAAGUCCUCAAAGAGCACUUUGAAAGCAGUCACGCGGAUCACAAAGUGAAGCAAUGCCGGAUGUGCAGAGCUCAAUUCAGGCUGAAGGCACAACCCAAGGAGGUGAUUGAGCAGGAAGUGAUGGGUGAAGAGGCAGAGGGAGAGCUGAACGACAAGGAGUCCUGUUCGCAAUGCGAUAAGAAGUUCAAGUCGGACGAAGCUCUCAAGACUCACAUGGCGACACACAAGAAGCAAAGAAGACGAGGACGUCCAUCGCUGAAGGAUCUCGAAAUCAGGAAUCAACUGUCCAACUUGAAGGAUCGCGAGGAGAAGCAGAACAAAAUCCUCGAGACAAUUUAUGAGUAUUCGUCAGAGGGAAAAGUGGCUCUGUGUCGUAUUUGUGAUGUUACAUUCAGCAAAAUCUCCCAUUUGCGGAAUCACCUGAACAAACACAAGUCCCUGGACUCCUUCGAGGACGUCAAUCUCACAACAAAGUGCUACUUGUUUGACAAUACGAAGAUUAUGCCGGAUAUGGAGACCAACGAGAGCCUGAUAAACUACGUGAUGAAUGAGAUUUGCACGGGAAAUGCCACGCGCUUCUACCAGAUCACCAACAGCAAUGGCCACGAGUUUGAGCUGUCGGACUCGGACACAGAUGAGUCGGAUGCCGCGUGUCAGCCGGACGAUCAGCGGCAGCAUCAGUGUUCGGCGUGUCAACAGGUGUUUGAUCGCCUGUACAAAAUCCUCACGCACAUGAAGCUCGAUCACAUCGAGUCGGACUUCACGGCAAAGUGCCUGCAAUGCUCACGCGUGUUCCCCAACGAUGCCCUCCUGGCGAAGCACUCGCGUCUGCAGUGCCUGAACAAGGAGAAGAUGUACUUCUGUCGCAUCUGCAAGAUCAAGUUCAUGUGGGAGAACAGCCACGAGAAGCACCAUCAGACGGUGCACGCCAAUCGGCAGUUGGCCACGAAAGGACGUCGCGAGCGUGGCGCCAAGGAGAAGCCCCGAGAGAAGUCCUUCCUCUGCUCCAUCUGCACGAAGUCCUUCUAUCGUCAAGAGCACCUGGAUCGCCACGUGAAGAUCCACAUGCCGUCGGAGAAGAAGUUCGAGUGCACCGUGUGUCAGAAGAAGUUCAACAGAAAAGACAAUCUUAGGUCUCACAUGCGAGUGCACAAGGACAUCAAGGAGGACACGGAUAAGCACUUGUGCGUCUACUGCGGACGGAGUUUCUCCAACUCGUCGAAUCUGAUUGUCCACAUGCGAAGGCACACGGGAGAGAAGCCUUAUCGGUGUGAUUUGUGCGAAAAGGGCUUCCCAAGAUCGUCUGAUCUGCAGUGUCACCGGCGGACGCAUACUGGUGAGAAGCCAUGCCUGUGCACGAUCUGUGGAAAAGGAUUUUCCAGGUCAAAUAAACUCGUUCGUCACAUGCGCAUUCACACUGGCGUGCGUCCGUACAAGUGUACGUAUUGCGAUCGUGCGUUCACGCAGUCCAACGACUUGACGCUCCACAUCAGGCGUCACACAGGCGAUAAGCCCUACGUUUGCGGCAUUUGUGGCGAUCGCUUCAUCCAGGGCACGGCGCUCGCGGCUCAUCGACGCAUGCAGGGCCACUAUGAGGAGGUGAAUCAGCCCACGCCCUUCUCCAGCAUCAGCGUGAACAAUCCCAAUCGCUUCACGAAUGCCAAUCGGGUGAAUAGGAUUGGCAUUCCGCCGCCCAAUCAGACGCAACAGCAGCAGCCGCAGGCGCAGGGAACGACGCUGAUCAUUUCACCCGCUACUCAGGCCACGACGCUGGCCAACAUCAAGACGGAGAAGGUGCAGAAUCCAAUUGUCAUUCCGGUGAAUUCGCUGACGCAGCAGGAUGUGCAGAAUCGACCGGCCAGUCCACUGAAUCCGGCCAUCGCGAGGAUACAGGUCAAUUCUGCGGGUUAUGGUACAAAUGGGCAGAUCUUCUCCAGCUUCGAAGUCACCUCGCUGCUCUCCAUGCCGCACUAUCAGCUGCAGCAGCAGACGACCCAGCAGCAGCCAGAGAACCAACAGGGAUACAACUGAUAGUU